CCAGCAUGGUCUUCAAAUUAUGAACUCCGUUGCAACCAAACUCUGACUGUGGAGAUAUGCAGAAUAUUGAGGCAGUGUUUUUCGUGUAGUAAAUAACGUUCUACCUCAGCCACAAUGUCUUUCCUUAAUAAUGCUACUAGUUUGGAAGAUUAAUACUCCAUCGUCAGAUAAUUUAACCUUAAAUUGUCCAUACAUACAAAAAUAAUACUCCAAAACUCUUAGCACAGUUAAUAAAGGAUAUUGUGACAUGUCGAAAUAUGAAUAUGCAUCUGGUGCGUCAUACAUUAAUUUUUCUCAUAUUCCUGAAAUUCUUUUGAGUGGCUGAAAAAAGAAAAAGAUCGAAAUAUUUUGCAGAGUAGUGCAGUCGUAGUGCAGGAUGCACGGAGCGUCAUUUAGAAUGUGUUACAACGUAAUGUACGGCCUACUGGGCUGCGACCACAGCUGAUCGGUGGCCAGUUUUUUGUAGUGACUGUAUCUAAUGAGUCUGAGUGUUAUGUUUUGUGGAAUAUUUACUGGUGCAUGCGACUAUGUAAGUGCACCGCUAAAAUUGCAUGUUGAUCCUGAAUGUUAAAACAGCCGCAUUUGCAGUUUUUCCCCGAAACGCAGUUAAGCGUGCUGUGUAUGAAUUCGAAUGAUGAAUGUAAAUUAACUUCAUGUUGGUGUUCGAUGUCUGAAGUACUGUUCUGUAUGUGUUUCCUGCGAGAGAUCAGUGUUAGCUGCCUGGACUUGCUGGCACGCCACCCAGUGCGUAGAGUGUUCCCGAAUGCUGUGUGGUCUGGGCAUUGUCGUUUGCUUGUUGGAGAGGUCUCCCCGUACUUUCACGGUGGACCACGGGACCCCAGGCCUGCAGCAGUCCCACGCCUACGAGCCGCUGCACUCGUCUGUGCGCCGCAUCCUGUCCGGGGAGAAGGAGAAGGAGGCGCACGUGCAGGUGGUGAGAGCUACCACCGUCUGACCGCCCCCACCCCGCCUUGCUGCUGCGCUCCGCGCCCUCGGCGGUUCCAAGCCGACGACUCGUCCAGCAGUUGGUUGCCAUCGGCGGAAGCGACGGCUCGGGUCUACAUUUGAAGGCAAGAUCACAUCACGAAUCUUUGGUGUUCCUCCCAAACGAAAGAGAAAAAACCCUUUUCAAUGGAAGUUAACGCUUCGUCCAAUCGUUGAAAAAUAUUUCAGUGCUGCGCGAUUA